CCUUCCUGGCCGGCCCAGGCAGGCGCCUCAGGCCCCGCUCCUUACUGAACCGCUCUCCGCUAAUUAUCAUCAUUCCCCGGCAAACACACAGCCUCCUCGGCCCGGUUUGUGGAGCUGAGGCCGGAAUGAGUGAACGAAACGGCAGGCAUCUUUAAAGAAGUCCUGGGACUCGCUGUUCCUCGCGUUGGGGCUGGAGGAAGGUUGAGACUGAGGCGUAGCGGGCGUGGUGAUGGUGUUAGACUCGGUUGAAGUCUUCAUGGAUCAGGUUGAGGGUGAAAGUGUUGGGAGCAGCAGGGACCUGAUGGAGCCAAACGUCCGAGCAGAUCCAACCAAAGCCACACCUCCUGCCAAGAAGAGCAAUGAUGCCAAGAAAGAGAAGGUGUCCCAAAAUGGACUUCCGACCGAGACGAACAGCAGCCAGGCACAGAGGACGCCAUCAUCAUCAUCCAAAGGCGGGGCUACUCCAAGACCGCCUCUCCGCCGCCCCCUCAGCCUGGAGAUGACACCCCAGCGGCUGAGAGGGUCUCAGGAGCAGAUGGCAGACAGGCGGAUGGUGCAGCCCCCUUGGCGCAGUGGUCCGGCCGCCCCCUCACCCCCCACACGCAGCCUGACCAGCCCGAGCCUCGGCGCAGGCUGGAUGCGGCGCAGCGAGAGCACCUGCUCCGUCAACUACUCCCUCGGUCUACGAGCCAGCAGGGGGCAAAUGCGGCCUGCCACCUCCUUGCCACACAUACCUAAGGGGUCGGCCGGGAGGUCACUGCCCACAUCCUCCAGGCCCUGUCUGCUGGUGGCCCUCAGGCCUCUCAACCUGGAGCAGGAGAAGCAGACUUUCUUCCAGUCCGACUACAAGUACGAGCCUCAGUUUGAGUACGCCCAGCCGGAGCCGAGGAGCGUGUUGGACAAGUACCGAGAGGGAUCUGGCCUCUUCCUGGAACAGGCGGUUGGGAUCAUGGAGUGUGUCCUGAGGAAGUUUGGCUGCUAUGAGAACUUCGAGGUGGUGACAGGCGGCAGCAUCCUCCCUAAAAGUCAAGUCUGGGCUGCUGUUCGUAAAUAUCUGCAGAAAGAAGGCUGCGUGGGAGAGGUGGUGGUGCGUCUGUCCGACGAGCUGCUCUCUCAGGCGGUGAUGGUGGUGGAGAGCUGUCGCCCCACCCUGACCAUCAACCUGGCCGGAGCUCGGCAGUACUGGCUGGAGGGGAUGCUGAGACAUGAGAUCGGCACACACUACCUGCGCGGGGUGAACAACAACCUGCAGCCGUGGUGCACCACUGAAGGCAGGAAGCAGUUCGGCCUCAAACCGGCCAAUCCCACAGAGGAGGGCCUGGCCAGCCUGCACAGCGUGUUGCUACGGAAACAGCCCUACCUGUGGCGUGCCGCCCUGCUGUACUACACCGUGUACCAUGCCGCCAGCAUGAGCUUCAGCCGUGUCUUCAGCCACAUCGCCCGCUUCGUACAGGACCCCGACGUCCGCUGGGAGUACUGCCUGAGAGCCAAGAGGGGGCAGACCGACACCUCGGAGCCAGGUUGCUUCAGUAAAGAUCAGGUUUACCUGGAUGGGAUCCUUCGUAUCCUUAGGCAUCGAAGGAACAUUGACUUCAAGAUGUUGACUUCUUUAGGCAAGGUGUCUUUCGAAGACGUGGAGAGGCUGCGUCCCCUGGCUGUCCUCCCACGGACCAGAAUCCCUCACUUCAUGCGGGACCAGGAGCGUUACCUGCAACACCUGGAUCACAUCGUCUCCGUCAACGAACUGGACGAUUCAGCGCUUCAACACCUGCUACCCUGAGACCCCCCCCCGCACCACCUGAAUCAAAGAAGAAGACGUGGAGCACGUGGUGUGUUCGAUAUCACUAAAAGAAAUCAGUAUUAUGCUUUAUUUUAGCAAAUUUUGUAAAAACUUGAAUGUUACGAACAAAAAGGGACAAACACACUAACACCUCUAUAUACAUUUUGUCCAAUUGCAUGUACCCUCCUCGCCUUUACUCCUAUUAUGAAGUUACCUCAAUACUGCAACUCUGCGAUGUAACCAACAUUAAAUAUGUAGACUCAUACAUAAUCACUGCUCUCAGCGCCUGUACAGGACACCACUAUCAUGUCAUGUACAGAUUUAUACAUAAUCACAUGCUUAUUUAUGCAAUUAUUUAAGUUUUUUACUUUUAAGAGAACACAAUGAAUGUCUCUGGUCUUAGCUUUAUAACUUUUUUAUUUUAUACAGCAUUGCUUUUAUGCCUUAGAUAUUUUGCAUUUUUAAAAAGACACCAAGCACGGACAUAUUAUAAACCCUGGGGAUAUAUUUACUGAGACCAUGAAUCAUUAAGUUGUCAAGUGCCAGUGGACUUGGUGAAGUAUUUAAGCUUUUCCAGGGUGCUUUUUAAAGAUAUCAGUGUUAUUAAGAAGAAAAUCAGCUCUUACUGUCUAAGCAGUGUCCUUGGUGGUCUUUUCAUAUCAAUAAGCUACUGUGAUGUGACCCCGUCCCUUAGCUCCCCCUCUGCAGAAGCCAAACUUUCUCAUGCUAAAGUGAAGGAUAUUUUUUUUUUACAGAAAUGUAGAUGAGAAGAUUAAUAUCGGUCACAUGUAACUGCUAGCCUCGCUCUGUCCGAAAUAUAAAAACAGCAAUUGACCCUACACUGAGCAUUGAUUGAACAAUCAUAGCUUGGAAACUCAAAUGUAUCCAUUGAGGCUAGCUCCAUAGGGCUCGAAAGAGAUAGAUAUGUUGUUUGAAAAAUUGGUCUUACUCAAACCUAAAACCGAAGAACCAGGAGAAAGGAAAGGUUAAUAAAUAGUGUUUUUUUUUGCUCAAAUGUUAGCAUGCCUCCAAUCUCCAAAGCCAAGACGCAUAUCAUUUUUGUUUAUGUAGUUAAAGGCUACACUCAUGACAAAAACAUCCACUGUGCAGCCCUUUAUCACAGUGUUUAGGCUAAUUUUAGCGGCUCUGUCCCGCUCCUUAAUUGAGAGACAUUUACUUUUCAGACGCGGUUCCAGAUGUUGCCAUUAACACAUCAGUUAGAACCUCAUUAUGAUAGCCUUUUCCUGUGAAGAUAAAAUCAUGAUAUUUAGAAAUACAUGUAUGCGUGAGAAUGAGCAGUCGGAACCUACAUGUUUUCUAACACAAGGACUAGCUAUACUAUAGCUACUAAAUGCUAAUUAUUGGCUUUAGCAUCAGUCUUUUUGCAUUAUAUGUGUACAUUCAUCAAGUGCAUUUAAGAAACUUUACAUUAAUAUAUAUCGACAAUGAGUCAGCUAUUCAUAACUUUAUUUUAAUUAAUGGAGCUAAUGUUAGCUUAAUAAGCUAAUUACAGCCUUAUGUAUAAUACAAAACUUGUACUUUUCAGAACAAAAGCAGAGCUGGUUUUUUGUAUGUACUUUUGUACAACCAGAAAUAUUGCUGCAAAUAACACUACAUAAAAAAGGGAAUUUAGAGCUAAGCUAGCUGUUUUUAUUUAUGCUAAGCUAACCGGCUGUUGCUUCAUAUUUAACACCAGCCAUGUCGAUAUUAGUGGUAUCAAUCUUCUCCUCUAGCUCUCUGCAAAAUAAGCCAAUGAGUGAAUUUGCAGUAAUGUAGAACUUUUCUUUUACAUGUAAAAAAAAAAGCGGCAAUUUAAAUUCACUGUCAUGCUUUUAGAGAAGCAGCCAUUCAUCAUGGUUCUUCACUCAGGCAUGAGUCACUGGCUGAGGGGAAAGCGGGGGUGUUGUGGGUGUGCCUUCGAUGGGUGUCAAGCUCAUCUGCUGUAGCUAGCUGUGUGGUUUUAGACUGCUUUUUAUUAUGCGUUUGACACUUAAAACUUCAGAUGUCAGUCAGGGCAUUCAGUUUGGGCCAAGCCGUUUUUGAGCUGAAAUAAAGCCGGGAUGUGGGCUAAACAGCAUUAGUAGUUCCAGUUUUUAACUCAAAAAUACAACUUGACAAAAUGUGAAUUCUAUUCAUGUGAUGCAUUUGAAAUACUUUGGACCCAAAGACCAUUGUGUAAUUGAACAAUUGAUUCUGCUGUGUUUACAAAUUCAGCCAUUGGGUAAGCAGAUGUACGUUUUAAAUUGGAGCAGGUGGUCGUAUGCUGACCUCAUCAAACCAUUGCCCUGGAUUCGCCGAAACGAAUGCACCUAUAUGUAACGCACGAAUGUUGCACAAGUGUUUUAUGUUCUGGAAAGCAUCUUGAAGUUCCAGUUUAUUUAUUAAAAAGUACACAUUUAA